UGGCCGAAUGGAAUGAGAACGGAGAGAGAGAGCGUCUCCGGGCUGGCCUGGCAACGUCCCCACGGAAGAGCUGGACAAAGUGGCUUUGGCGAGCGUGGUCUGCGCUUCCCUGUUUAAGAUGUUGAGCCGACAUAAGAAAAAAGAUGGAGGCGUGUCUUUGCUCUUAUGGAAGACGUGAAAAGUAGUUGCAGGUUUGACUCCAUCUUGUGUGUGCGUGCGUGCGGGCGCGGACGCAAAGAUGGCAGUUAGCGUCCCAGAACGUCUGCUGUCCGUCCCUUUGUGAACACUCGUCACACCCACAAACUAAUCAGGACACGGACACGGACACCACUUCGCAGCCUUCCCCGUCCUUCUCCGCUGUAGCCGCCGGAACUUAAUUGUUGGUCGGCGGGGCCGCCGGGCCGGGGAUUACGCGCCGGCUGCCUGGCUGCAUUGACUCCCUCUUUUCAUUCCCGCUACCCACUGGGCCUUAUCGCCAUCAAUCUGACACGCUGUUUAUCUGACGCUGCAGCCAGAUCUGCUGGCCUAGGGGAAACGCUCACAAAGGCCGUGGGUCAUCAGCAUUUUGAUUGUGGCCAUCACGCCCUCUGACCCCCCCCCUCCGUCAUCCCGCCAGCAUCCCCGCUUCCUCCAUAGGCCUUUUCGCUGCCCGUGGUGUCGUCCUCCGUUUUGGCCGGCGUUUCCUCGGCCCCGUGUUCUGACCGCGGUCCCCCGCCGGCCAGUUUGUCCAUGUGUGGAUCCGGUUGCUGUUGACUUCUCACAGAGCAGCGCGUUUGUUGACUUUGGCGGCUCGUCCUUGUUUGUGUUGAUUUUUGCUUUCGCCGAAAGCCACCAUGGCGUCUUUUAAGCUGGAUUUUCUCCCAGAGAUGAUGGUGGAUCAUUGCUCUUUGAACCCGAGUCCUGUUGGCAAGAAGAUGAACGGGUCCCUGGACCACCCCGACCAACCCGACGUGGACGCCAUCAAGAUGUUCGUGGGCCAGAUCCCGCGCUCGUGGUCCGAGGAGCAGCUGCGGGAGCUCUUUGAGCCGUACGGCGCCGUCUACGAGAUCAACGUUCUCAGGGACCGCAGCCAGAACCCGCCCCAGAGCAAAGGAUGCUGUUUCAUCACGUAUUACACUCGCAAGUCAGCCUUGGAGGCACAGAACGCUCUUCACAACAUGAAGAUUCUUCCGGGGAUGCACCACCCCAUCCAGAUGAAGCCGGCUGACAGUGAGAAGAAUAACGCGGUGGAGGACAGAAAGCUGUUCAUCGGCAUGAUCUCCAAGAAGUGUAACGAGAACGACAUGCGCCUGAUGUUCUCGCCCUACGGACAAAUCGAGGAGUGUCGGAUACUUCGGGGCCCCGACGGAUUGAGCCGAGGUUGCGCGUUUGUGACGUUCACGGCCAGGCAGAUGGCCCAAGCCGCCAUCAAGUCCAUGCACCAGUCCCAGACCAUGGAGGGCUGCUCGUCGCCCAUCGUGGUGAAGUUUGCCGACACGCAGAAGGACAAGGAGCAGAAACGCAUGGCGCUUCAACUGCAGCAGCAGAUGCAGCAACUCAGCGCCGCGUCCAUGUGGGGAAACCUGACCGGGCUGGGAAGUCUGGGGCCGCAGUACCUCGCCAUUUACUUACAGCUGCUGCAGCAGUCGGCCUCCACGGGGAACGCACUCGGCAACCUGCACCCCGCUUCAGGUCUUAAUGCCAUGCAGAACUUGGCCGCCUUGGCAGCAGCGACCGCCAGCCAGGCUUCAGCAAGCGGCUCCAGUGCCAUGACUACAUCAAGUAGUCCACUAAGUGCGCUAACGAGCUCAGGUUCGUCGCCCACCUCGAGCAGCACGUCGUCCGUCAACCCCAUCGCGUCUCUGGGAACGCUGCAGUCUCUGGCCGCCAGCACGGGAGCCGGCCUCAACGUGGGCUCGCUCGCAGGAAUGGCGGCUCUGAACGGCGGCCUGGGCUCGGGAGGCCUGUCCAACGGCUCCGGCAGCACCAUGGAGGCGCUGAGUCAGGCGUACUCGGGGAUCCAGCAGUACGCCGCCGCCGCCGCCCUGCCGGGACUCUACAACCAGAGCCUGCUGUCGCAACAGAGCGUCUCGGCCGCGGGCAGCCAAAAGGAAGGUCCGGAAGGGGCCAACCUGUUCAUUUACCACCUGCCUCAAGAGUUUGGCGACCAGGACCUGCUCCAGAUGUUCAUGCCCUUCGGCAACGUCAUCUCCGCCAAGGUCUUCAUUGACAAGCAGACCAACCUCAGCAAGUGUUUUGGCUUCGUCAGCUACGACAACCCGGUGUCAUCGCAGGCCGCCAUCCAGUCCAUGAACGGUUUCCAGAUCGGCAUGAAGCGGCUCAAGGUGCAGCUCAAGCGCUCCAAGAACGACAGCAAGCCGUACUGAGGCCGCGCCGGUAAGUGCGGCGGC